AGCCAUGCACUAUGUGCGUGUAUCUAUAUAUAAACGAAAUAUAAACAAAUGCAAUUCAUAUACAGAUAUAUAUAGAUGGCUGGCUCAAACUUGCCCUAAGAGCUCCGUUGCUAUUGCCAUCUCUUCACCAUCAUAAGAUUCAAGCAUGUGGGAUUUGCAUAACACGUCGAGCUACUCUCUCUCUGCAUGGACUACUACUCCUACUCCUCCUCCUCCGUCCAGCACCAUCUCCUUCAACGAUCAUUACGUGCAUCCCGUAAACCCUAGCUUGAGCUCUCCAUGCGAAGAUGACGUCUCGAUCUCCACCUCCUCCUUUACCAACGCUUCGGGUCACUCUGCCCUGACUGUCGAGUCAUCCGGUCGACCACCAAUCAAGACCACUGCGUCUUCAAGUGAUGAGUUGAUGAUCGGCGACCAUGGCAAUAAUCAUCAUCUUUGGAGCCAUUUUCUCUUGAGCGACGCACCAGACGAAGACCUGCACAAGUAUGAACCUGAGAUUCGAGAAAAUUUGAUGGACGCGGUGUCAUCAAAAAGUGCAUCGCCUGGAGGGAUUUUCGAGCAAGCUGCCUGUGAUUACUUGAAAAAAUUGGACAAUAGUUAUUGGGAUAACCCUGUGGAUAAGGAGUAUAUGAAUAGCAAUGGAAGCAGCUUCAUCGAAGAGGAGAGGCUAAGCAAGCUCUCCGAUUUACUUACAAGUGAUUGGUCUAUUGCGACACCGCAUGAAUACACGAUGCAUCUUUUGAGUGACUAUACACCAGGUGGGAUGAUGGGGGGGAGGGAUUCUGACCGACAUCCAUAUAAAGGCCAUGAUAAUCCGAGCAUUGAGAGGGAAGCAGCUUACCGAAAUGGUACUGGAAAGUAUGCAAGUAAUAUCGGACUGCAUCAAAAUGGAAACAAACUCAUUUCAUGUGGAAACACCAGAAGUUUGGCGGACCUUAUUUCAUUCAGCAGCCGAUUAAUCAGUAAACCCUCGCUCGAUGUUAAAGUUCCGAGACCUAUUUCCACACCAAAUGUUAAGUCGAAGCAAGGGCUCAAAAGUACUUCCACGUCGACACAAGUCAAUGGCAGAUCGGGACAUAGAAGUGGAACUACCAACGAAGGGAAGAGGAAAAGAUCAUCAUGUGAAGACAGUACUUCCUCGGAUAAGCUCCAAAAGAAACACAAACAUGAAAACUCGUCCUCAGUUUCAAUUCCAAAGGCUCCUAAGGUCAAGCUCGGAGACAGGAUUGCGACACUCCAGCAAAUUGUGUCGCCAUUCGGAAAGACUGACACAGCAUCGGUGCUCAUGGAAGCCAUCGCAUACAUAAAGUUCCUACAAGAGCAAGUUCAGCUGUUGAUAAGCAACCCUUAUCUGAAGACAAAUCCUCGCAGGGAAUAUCCAUGGGGGGGAGGGUUGGAGAGGAAAGAAGUGAAGGUGGACCUCAGGAGCAGGGGGCUUUGCUUAAUUCCAGUCUCGUGUGCUCCUCAGGUCUGUCGUGACAACACCGGCUCCGACUACUGGUCCCUCCCUUAUAGAGGGGUCUUCUAUAGAUAAGGUGAAACCUAUAUAUAAUACCAAUAAUUACUUAAUUAUAUAUGUUACGAUGAUAUUAAUAAUAAAAACAAUAAUAUAAUUUCCCCUAGUUAUUCA